AUGACUAACUUUCAUCUUUUUAAUCUGUCAGUGUUGAGCUCAACCUACCAUACCUCACCACUUCACCUUCAUUUCUGCGAAUCUCCAUACGACUCUUUGAGCUCUCUCUGUUUCUCCGCUGCUAUGGGUAGUUCCGGCGACGUUAACUGGAAACUUGAGGACCAUCCCAAGCUUCCCAAGGGUAAAACCAUCGGAUUGAUUGUUCUCGAUGGAUGGGGUGAAUCUGAACCUGAUCAAUUCAAUUGCAUCCAUAAAGCUCCAACUCCUGCCAUGGAUUCCCUUAAAAACGGCGUUCCUGACACGUGGAGGCUGAUCAAAGCCCACGGUACCGCCGUUGGUCUUCCCAGCGAAGAUGACAUGGGGAACAGUGAAGUCGGCCACAAUGCUCUCGGAGCCGGUCGUAUUUACGCUCAAGGAGCUAAGCUUGUUGAUCUCGCUCUCGCGUCCGGAAAAAUCUACGAAGACGAAGGUUUCAAAUACAUUUCUGAAUCGUUCGAGAAAGGCACUGUGCAUCUCAUCGGACUUUUGAGCGACGGUGGAGUCCACUCCCGCCUUGAUCAAGUGCAGUUGCUGUUAAAAGGUUUCGCAGAACGUGGCGCUAAAAGAAUCCGAGUCCACAUUCUUACUGAUGGUCGUGAUGUUUUGGAUGGCUCUAGCGUUGGCUUUGUGGAAACUCUUGAAGCUGACCUCGCUGCGUUACGUUCCAAAGGUGUUGAUGCUCAGGUCGCAUCUGGUGGAGGUCGUAUGUAUGUCACAAUGGACCGUUAUGAGAAUGAUUGGACUGUUGUGAAACGAGGGUGGGAUGCUCAGGUCCUUGGAGAAGCUCCACACAAAUUCAAAAACGCGCUUGAAGCGGUUAAGACACUGAGGGCUGAGCCUGGUGCGAAUGACCAGUAUUUGCCUCCGUUUGUCAUUGUUGAUGAUAACGGAAAGGCUGUUGGUCCAAUUGUUGAUGGUGACGCAGUUGUUACUUUCAAUUUCCGUGCUGAUCGGAUGGUCAUGCAUGCAAAGGCGUUAGAAUACGAAGAUUUCGAUAAGUUUGAUCGUGUGAGAGUCCCGAAGAUCCGUUACGCAGGAAUGCUCCAAUAUGAUGGAGAGCUAAAGCUCCCUAGCCGUUACCUUGUUUCUCCACCGUUGAUUGAUAGAACUUCUGGUGAAUAUCUUGCACACAACGGCAUCCGUACUUUUGCCUGCAGUGAGACUGUUAAGUUUGGCCAUGUGACCUUCUUCUGGAAUGGAAACCGCUCUGGAUAUUUCAACGAAAAGCUAGAACAGUACGUUGAGAUUCCGAGUGAUAGUGGAAUAUCAUUCAAUGUCCAGCCAAAGAUGAAAGCGCUGGAAAUUGCUGAGAAGGCAAGGGAUGCUAUUCUUAGUGGCAAGUUUGACCAGGUGCGUGUUAACCUGCCAAAUGGAGACAUGGUGGGUCACACCGGUGAUAUUCAAGCAACUGUUGUUGCCUGUGAGGCUGCUGAUGUUGCUGUGAAGAUAAUCCUUGAUGCCAUCAAUCAAGUGGGAGGGAUAUAUGUGGUCACAGCAGAUCACGGAAAUGCCGAGGACAUGGUUAAGAGGGACAAAGCUGGAAAGCCCGCUCUCGAUAAGGAAGGAAACCUUCAGAUUCUUACGUCCCACACCCUGAAACCAGUGCCAAUUGCCAUAGGAGGUCCUGGUUUGUCAGCAGGAGUUAGGUUCAGACAGGAUUUGGAUACACCUGGGCUUGCGAAUGUAGCUGCAACAGUGAUGAACCUCCAUGGAUUUGUGGCGCCAAGCGACUAUGAGCCGAGUCUGAUUGAAAGACGUAGAGUCGAAAGAAAAUUCCACGCUACCCUUCCAGGCUUUCCACUAGUUGCCUCAACCAUCACAUCCCAAGUGACGUUCCAGAUUCUUACCAUCGCUAAAAAAAAAGCGAGAAGAUCUAACGGCUACCAGCAAGGCCGAGAAUCCUUCCAGAUAUUUUGCUCAGCCAUCGAUUGUGUCGUAGAGAUCAAAAUGGUUGAUCAAGUUCAGCACCCGACUAUCGCGCAGAAAGCUGCUGGGCAGUUCUUGCGCUCAAGUGUAUCCAAAGACAUGCAAGUUGGUUACCAGAGGCCUUCGAUGUACCAAAGACAGGCAGCCUAUGGAAAUUACUCCAACGCUGCAUUUCAGUAUCCUCUCAACACAUCCCGGGCCAUGGCAACGAUUGCCUCUCCUGUGUUUGUCCAAGCUCCAGGAGAGAAAGGGUUCACUAACUUCGCUCUUGACUUUCUGAUGGGUGGUGUUUCCGCCGCCGUCUCAAAGACCGCUGCUGCUCCUAUUGAGCGUGUUAAGCUUUUGAUCCAGAACCAAGAUGAGAUGAUCAAAGCUGGCAGGCUUUCUCAGCCUUACAAGGGUAUUGGUGACUGUUUCGGCAGGACUAUUAAAGAUGAAGGUUUUGGUUCUCUAUGGAGAGGAAACACUGCCAAUGUCAUCCGUUACUUCCCUACUCAGGCAUUGAACUUUGCGUUCAAAGAUUACUUCAAAAGGCUUUUCAACUUCAAGAAAGACAAGGAUGGUUACUGGAAGUGGUUUGCUGGUAACUUGGGAUCCGGAGGAGCAGCUGGUGCCUCUUCCCUUCUCUUUGUGUACUCCCUUGACUAUGCACGUACUCGUCUAGCCAACGAUGCCAAGGCUGCAAAGAAAGGAGGUGGUGGCAGACAAUUCGAUGGACUUGUCGAUGUCUACAGAAAGACACUCAAGUCUGAUGGGAUUGCUGGUCUUUACAGAGGUUUCAACAUCUCCUGUGUUGGUAUCAUUGUGUACCGUGGUCUCUACUUUGGACUGUACGACUCUUUGAAGCCUCUUCUCCCUGGAGACUUGCAGGAUAGUUUCUUCGCUAGCUUUGCGCUUGGAUGGCUCAUCACCAAUGGUGCAGGUCUUGCGUCGUACCCAAUUGACACAGUCCGCAGAAGAAUGAUGAUGACGUCAGGCGAAGCUGUCAAGUACAAGAGUUCGAUGGAUGCGUUCAAGCAGAUCCUCAAGAACGAAGGAGCCAAGUCACUCUUCAAGGGAGCUGGUGCAAACAUUCUUCGUGCUGUUGCAGGUGCUGGUGUGCUCUCCGGUUACGACAAAUUGCAGCUGCUUGUGUUCGGAAAGAAGUACGGAUCAGGUGGUGCCUAA